AUGGCUAUCUCGGAGUCUCAGGCGCAGGGUCAGCAGUCAAUUCACUGUCUUCAGUCUAUUCUCCAGUCUUUCUUCAGUGUUUUCUUCAGUCUGUCUGCUGUUGUUGUCUUCUAUCUGGUGGUGGUGGUGGUGCAGAAGAAGAAGAAGAAGAAGAGGAAGAGGCAAAGAAGAGGCGGUGCUUCUACCAACCUGCUAGAAUGUCUCAGCCGGCAUGGCAGCAAAAAGAUGGACCGCAAGGAAGAACAGUUAAUAAUAACAGCAAUAAUAAAGAUAAUAAGACAAGAAGCGAGGCCGAAGAGUCGACGGCGAAGAACGAAGACGCAGUCGAAGAAGAAGACGAAGAAGAAGAAGAAGAGAAGAAGAAGAAGCGAAAAGUCGAGCCCAGCAGGGAUUCUCUUCUUCUUCUUCUCUACAGCGCGAGACAGCAAAAGACGAAGCGGAAGCAACGACAGCGACGAAGAAGAAGACGACGACGAAGAUACAAAGACGAAAAGGAAGACGAAAGACGACGACGAAGACGAAGACAAGAAGAUGAAGUCUGCCGCAGGUGGCGAUGAGGACCAGAAAGGCCCGCCUCCUGUCGCCUGUCAACUAAGUGUCUUGUCACCCUCUCUGGCUGUCAGCUUUCCCAGGUUCCAACUUCGUGUCUCUGCGUCUUCGUCUUCGUCCCAGACCCAGGUCGAGGACAGCUCAGGGCAGGGCCUAUCAAAACAGCGAGGACUGCAUGAAGAAAAAAAAAAAAAAGAAGAGACGACGAAGAAGAAGAAAAGAAAAAGGCGAGGAGCUACAUAA